GGAUUGCCCCAGACUCGAGGGCUGUGUUGUUGUGACUGGCGAGACGAGCAUCAGCUGAAAGGUGCUACAGUGCUCGAGAUUGUCCAGCAGGAAGAGGAGUGGGGAAGUGCUCUCGAGAAUUUCUGAUAGCUCGAAAAUCCCAAGGCACAUUACCUAGCGACUGCUUUCAGCCUAACGAUUGUUCUGCUAGGGAUUCUGAGUUCCCGCGAGCCUAGUUCUGUCAGGUUGCUGAGAGCCAGAUCCUGUGAAGUGGAACAAUCCCCAUACGCGUAUUCAAGGUUCGGUUAGGUGUGACAGAGUUUCUUUCCUCCAUUAGUCAGGAGAACCUUGCCGUCGACACGUAUAUACUUUCGUCUCUUGUUCUGGUGGUAGGGCCUUGCAUCGGAAAAGGAUCCUGGAAGGUCGCUCCUCCUGAUCCUGACAUCCUUUUUAGGUUUCCUACAGCACGACCAUGUACGGUUUCGAGGCUCUCACGUUCAACAUCAACGAUGGGUAUCUGGAGGCGAUCGUGCGAGGGUACCGGUCAGGGCUGCUGACAGCCGCUGACUACAACAACCUGUGCCAGUGCGAGACGCUAGACGACAUCAAGCUUCACCUCACGGGAACGGACUACGGAGGAUUUCUACAAAACGAGCCGUCGCCGCUGCACACGACGACGAUCGUCGACAAGUGCACGCAGAAGCUGGUGGACGAAUUCGACCACAUGCGAUGCCAGGCCACGGAGCCGCUCUCCACCUUCCUUGACUACAUCACGUACGGGCACAUGAUCGACAACGUGGUGCUCAUUGUGAGCGGCGCCCUGCACGAGCGGGACGUGCACGAGCUGCUGGAGAAGUGCCACCCGCUCGGCAUGUUUGACAGCAUCGCCACCCUGGCAGUGGCGCAGAACAUGAGGGAGCUCUACCGCCUGGUGCUGGUCGACACGCCCCUCGCCCCGUACUUCUCCGAGUGCAUCACCUCAGAGGAUCUGGACGACAUGAACAUUGAGAUCAUGCGGAACACCCUGUACAAGGCUUACCUUGAAGACUUUUACAAGUUCUGCAAGCGUGUGGGGGGAGCAACAGCGGAGAUUAUGUGCGACCUUCUUGCCUUUGAGGCAGACCGGCGGGCUGUCAGCAUCACCAUCAACAGUAUUGGCACCGAGCUCACUCGUGAUGACCGAAGAAAGCUUUACUCCAACUUCGGCCUACUUUACCCUUAUGGUCAUGAGGAGCUGGCUAUCUGUGAAGACUUUGAUCAGGUGCGGGCGGCCAUGGAGAAGUACCCCCCCUAUGCGGCCAUCUUUGCCAAGCUGUCGUUCGGGGAGAGCCAGAUGCUGGACAAGGCAUUCUACGAGGAGGAGGUCAAGCGACUCACCCUCGCAUUUGACCAGCAGUUCCACUAUGGUGUGUUCUUUGCUUACGCUCGGUUGAGGGAGCAAGAGAUUCGCAACCUCAUGUGGAUAUCCGAGUGUGUGGCUCAGAACCAGAAGUCUCGCAUUCAUGAUGGCAUUGUCUUCAUCUUCUGAUACGUUUGUCUGCAUGUUCAAGCGUUCAGGUCUUUGCAUGUAGCACUACUGUAAUUCGUCUUGGUAACAUCUAGUGAUCUUUAGCUUUCUUCUUUGAAUUGAAGCAAUGUACGGUAGGAGGAACCAUGCAUCCCUCCAAGAAGGUUGUCCGGCCCUGAUAUUCGCAAUACUGCCAGAUUGAACGCAUUACUGUGUG